AAACCCAAUUGCAUGUACUGUGUAUGCCGUCCAUAGCAUAGCCUACAUAGCUGGUGAGACAGCAAGUUUGUUAAAUAGUUGCAAAUCUUAGUUACAUUUACAUUGUUUCUGUUGUGACAUUUACAACGUCAGCCCUCCCGCUCUGAGUGAUGAACACACUGCUCUCCCGGCUCUUCUCCUCGGAGGAAGAGGAGCUGUAUAUUUUGGACUGCAUGGCUUACUUAAUGGUUUUCAUGGCAGCCUGCACUUUCGUUACUUUGCUUUUCGAAAAUGUCCCAUACGGGCGAUACGCUACCAGCAAAUAUGGUUUUCCAGUAAAUGUCAAGUUUGCUUGGUUCGUCCAGGAGCUGCCUGCCUUCCUGGUGCCUUUGUGUCUGGUAGUUUGGACAUCCUCUGGGAAAACCUCCCUACUGCCAAACCAGCUGCUCAUUGCCAUGUAUUUCUGCCACUAUAUCCAGAGAUCCCUUAUUUAUCCAUUUUUAAUCCGAGGAGGUAAAGCAACACCAUUUGCCUCUUUUGCCCUGGCCUUUGUUUUCUGCAUCUAUAAUGGCUACAUGCAGAUCAGAUACCUGAGCCAUUACGCAGAGUACCCUGCAAACUGGGUUACACAUCCAUGCUGCAUCGCAGGGUCUGUACUGUGGUUGGUCGGUUGGCUGGUGAAUGUGCACUCUGACCACAUCCUAAGGAACCUGAGAAAGCCCGGAGAGACUGGUUACAAGAUUCCCACAGGCGGAAUGUUUGAAUAUGUGUCUGGAGCCAACUUCUUAGGAGAGAUAACAGAGUGGGCAGGCUUCGCUCUGGCGGGCCACUCUGUUCACAGUUCAGCUUUUGCCGUCUUUACCACAGUGGUCCUCGCCAGCAGGGCUGUGGCCCACCACAAAUGGUACCUCGCUAAGUUUGAAGACUACCCUAAAAGUAGAAAGGCCCUGAUUCCCUUCUUGUUCUAAAAACACUGUUGGUACUGGAAGCCUGAAAAGAACCGCUGCGUCUGAGUGUGAUGAAAAAUGAAGGCUGUGUGUCGCUGAAGGCCAUGCCGAGUGACAUCCUUCAUGGUCGAGGUCCCUGCUGUCUCUGUCUCUUCCAGGCUAUUUCCUCUGUGUAUCCACGCUUCUUGUAAUUGCAUCACUAUAUUGCACAGCCAGUAUUUACUGAGCCUGCUAUCUGACUAUAAUAUCAUUCAGUUUCAGGCAGACACAAUUGGAUUUUCUUUUUAUAUGCAAAGCAGUUCAAUGAACUGGCUUUUAACUGUCUUACUCUGUUCAUUCACACACGCUGCAGAUACUGCACAAGGAGAACUAUUCUGUAAUGUUCAGUUUACACAUGCCCACCUGUAGGAAAGAAAAGCACCAGCAGUGUCGCCACCUGCAGACAAGUGUUGCAGCGGCAGUGUUUUAGUAUUGAAACACCAAAUGUUAGCUUUUAAGAUUUUGGAAUUGAAUUUAUGAAUAUUUUUCUGUUAAACAUGUAUUUAUGUUAGUAAAUUGGUUGUUAUAGACCAUUGGUGACUGGAGAAACAGUCAGCUGAUCAGAGCUAACUAUGAUAUUGCUUGAAAAAGUGUAGAUCAUUAUUAAGCAACCAUUACAGAACAGUCCAAUUACAAUGCUGAUUUCCUUUUACUCUUUUCUUUUGGGCUCUUGUGGCUUUUUUUUGUGUCUGUUUGUCUGUGUCUUUAAUUUGUUUCGAUUACUAAGGUUUUGCUGGUUUAAAAAGUGCAAAAAGCAUGAUAUGCAAAGAGCAUUUAUAAACGUUGUGCCUCAGUCAUUGCCAGCAGGUGGUGCAAGUGUUAAAAUUAAAGAAGCUAUUAGGUGCGUUUGACUUCAAUGACGCUUAACGUGAUGCAUGGUUGACUUAACACAAGGCAUGCUGGUUAGAAAUUUUGUCCGACUUUGGCUGGCGCUGAAAAACAUCAGCAUGUCACAUGUUAUUAAAACUUUGUGGGAGAA